AUGGAUAUUGCCCUGUGUACAGCCAAUAGCUCAAGGUUUCAAGUAUCUGAAUUCAUCCUGAUGGGACUUCCAGGCAUUCAUGAGUGGCAGCACUGGCUGUCCUUGCCCAUGGCUCUGCUUUACCUCCUAGCUCUUGUUGCUAAUCUUUUUGUCUUAAUCACCAUCCACCAUGAGCCUAACCUGCACCAGCCCAUGUAUCAAUUCCUAGGUAUCCUGGCUGUGGUAGACAUUGGCCUGGCUACCACCAGCAUGCUCAAGAUCCUGGCCAUCCUAUGGUUUGAUUCCAAGGCCAUCAGCCUUCCUGAAUGUUUUGCUCAGAUAUAUGCCAUUCAUUCUUUUAUGUGCAUGGAGUCAGGCAUCUUCCUCUGCAUGGCACUGGAUAGAUAUAUAGCCAUUUGUUAUCCCCUUCAAUACCCCUCCAUAAUUACUGAAGCUUUUGUUAUCAAAGCCAUACUGUCCAUGGUGCUUAGGAACGGCCUAUUGACCAUCCCAGUACCUGUACUGGCUGCCCAGAGACAUUACUACUCCAAGAAUGAAAUUGAUCACUGCAUGUGUUCUAACUUGGGGGUCACUAGUCUGGCCUGUGAUGAUAUCACCAUUAACAGGUUUUACCAGUUGGCCUUGGCCUGGCUUGUUGUUGGGAGUGACAUGAUUCUGGUCUUUGCUUCCUAUGCUUUGAUUGUUCACUCAGUACUGAAGCUGAACUCAGCUGAAGCAACAUCUAAGGCCCUGAGUACCUGUAGUUCCCACCUCAUUCUAAUUAUCUUUUUCUAUACAGCUACUAUUUUAGUAUCAGUCACCCACCUAGAAGAAAUAAGGGUUCCCCUAAUCCCUGUUCUCAAUGUGCUGCAUAUUGUCAUCCCUCCAUCCCUUAACCCCAUGGUAUAUGCCCUUAGGACUCAAGAGCUACGAGUGAGCUUCCAGAGGGUGCUUGGCUUGAGUGAGUAUGUGUUUAGGAAAUAA